AUGGACGACAAACUCGACAAGAACGUGGAGUCAACAGACUCUUCCCAGAAGACCUUCAAACAGAUCAUGGAAGAACAGCAGACGGAAGCGACGAAGAAGACUUUGGCCGAGCGUAAAGCAAGGGAGCAAGACCAGCUUCGACAAGCACCACCGCCAAACCGUUGGCAAGACGUCUCGCGAACACCUCCAGGCACAUCGAAAGCGUACGGCCCCCCCUCUAUCGGGCCUGGACGAGACCAAUACGAUCAGUCGCGCAACCCAGAUUCUAGCUUUGGAGAUUGGGGUCAAAACCAGCGAGGGUUUUUACCCAAGCCAACCCCAGGGGAGCUGUGGGAUAAUGCGGUGCGCCGCUCAUCAUCGUCUUCGACUUCGCAAUCUUAUUCGGACCCAAGUCUUCCCAGCAAGACACCGUCAGCACCAGGCUUCGCGGCUCUAUCAAGCAGACCACCGCCGCCGACUGUUCCGUCGCAGGGGCCAAGUUACGGGAAUAGGCCAGCCAGGUCGAUGCAACAACAGGGCGAGGGGGAGCGGAAGUUGUCGGUUGAUGAGAUUAUGGCCAAGCCGUCAUGGCGUCGGUCUGAGUAG